AUGGGAGACUUCGAUGCCAUCCCGCCCGAAAGAUCGUCCAGCAACGUUAACGGCAACGACGACGGCGACGAUGACAAGCAUGGCGCCGGCGGGGUUGAGCCCGAGUCCGAAGCUAUUGCGUUGAGCGACGUGCUCCAGAUCGAUGACGAAAACGUUGGCGGCGGCGACUUCAACUUUGGCCACGACGGCGACUUCGGAACCGGACAAGACGACGGCGACGACGAUGACGGAUUCCACGAUGACGGAGAUCGGUCGCCGCUGGGAACGAACUCGAACGGUCAUCGAAGGUUUGGGCGUGUUGACUCUCCUUUGCGGGUGGAGCCCCCGCCGUCCUUCAACGCACCUGCACGACCCGUGGAUCAGACCCAGGAUCAGCAAAUCAAGGCGAGGCCCACACACUCACUGAUCGACCGGUGUCUGUGUCAUGCUGAGGGUGCGUCGGCCUUCUCGCCGUCGGCUUUCACGAUGCGGAAGUCGAGCACUGCAUCGCUCGUGGGAAGCCUCCGUCAGCGGCAGGAGCCAAAAAAACGAGACCUCACGGAAAACCAUGCCUCCUAUCGAAUUGCGAUGAGCGACUACAAUAUGCUGGCGUUCUCCAGCCAGAGAUCGGGGCGGCACGAGAUGGAAGGGCUGGCCUACUACUCCGCCGGGGUGACUAUGGACAGCAUGGGGCAGUACCCGAAGGCGAUCGAGAACUACAAGAAGUUUCUCGCUGUCUGCAAGACGCUGAAAGACCUGUUCAUCGAAGGCGUGUGCCACAACUGCAUGGGGGUGGACUACAUGCUCAUGGCGUGCCCACCGGCGUCGAACAUGCAGCCGGCGUUGGACGUGACUAAGGAAAAGGAAAAUACAACAGGGCUGCCGGCGAGAGCGGUCGCCUUGUUGCGAAAGGCGUUGGAGCACCACGAGGAGCACCUAAAGGGAGCGGACGACGCCGGGUCUGGCGUAGCCCACUCCAACAUCGGGCUGUGCCACGGCCUGAUGGGAGACUACCCUAAGGCGGCCAAACACCACCAAGAGGCCCUGAGGGUGGCACUUCGUGUUCAGAGCGUGGCCGCCGGCAACCUCGGCACCCUGGCCGCGCGGCAGGGGGACAUGCAGACAGCGCAGGCUUGCCUGGAGCAGCACCUCCAGCUGGUGCAGCAGCUCGGGGACUGGCAGGGGGAGAUAAACGCCUGGUGGAAGAUGGCGCAGGUGGCAGCAGCAGCGGCAAAGGGAGGACAAAAUGGAGGAGGGGGAGGAGGGGGGGGAGGAGGACAAGAGACUGAGUCAGUUAGGGAGGGGAGCGGUGGGGGCGGUGCUAGCGGCGGGUCUCUCCCGCGUGUUGAGGUCGGUCCUGAACACGGUGCCGACAGGCUCGGGGGUGGGGGGAGGAUGGCAGGGGCCGGAGCGGGGGCCCCGGGGGGGCAAGAGGAAGCUGUUGUGAGGGCGCUGUGGUGCUUCGAGAGGGCAGCGGCCUUGGCGAAGACUCACGAUAAGGCAAAACGCGUUAAAGACAGCUUGAGGGCCUGCACGUGUUGA